AUGGCGCGCACCAGGUGUGGCUGCAGCUGCGAGCUGUUGCAAUCUGGCACCUCCAUCAUCACCGAUCUCAAGAUCGACGGCUACUCACUCACCAAGGGUACACCCACCGGAGAUUACCUCGAGUCUGAUACUUUGACCGUCGGUGGCCAUAGUUGGCGCAUCCGCUUCUUCCCCAAUGGAGCCAAAUCGGAGGAUGAGGGUUUCAUCUCCGUUUUCCUUCACCUCGAUGGGAGAGUCGCCGAUAUGGUGAAGGCGCAAUUCCAGUUCGAUUUUGUCGAUAACAUGGAGGAGGAACCGGUGACAGCAGCCACCUUUACCGACAAGGUGUCCUGGGGAUACCCACAGUUCAUCAGAAGGGAAGAGCUUGAGAAAUCGGAGCACCUCAAAAAUGACUCUUUCACACUCCGCUGCAAGAUUGCUGUUAUCCAUGAGUUCGGCGCCAAAUUAGAGCGGCCGAAGGCCGUCUCCCUGCCCCCAUCUGACCUGCACCGGAAUCUUGGCGACCUCCUCCUGAGCGAGAAGGGCGCCGAUGUGGUCUUCGAUGUUGGUGGCCAGACGUUCGCGGCACACCGGUGCGUGCUCGCGGCUCGGUCACCAGUCUUCAGCGCAGAGGAGCUCCUUGGCACAAUGAAGGAGAGCAGCACGACAGGCAUUGUCCGUGUAGACGACAUGGAGGCUCAGGUGUUCAAGGCUCUGCUCUACUUUGUGUACACUGACUCAUUGCCCAAGACAGAGGAGAGAGGACAAGGAGAAGAAGCUGAAGAGGAGGACGACAGCAUCAUGUCCCAGCACCUGCUCGUUGCAGCUGAUAGAUACAACUUGGGGAGGCCGAAGUUGAUCUGUGAACACAAACUGUUCGGGUACAUUGAGGUGGGCACAGCAGCCACCAUACUGACGCUAGCUGAGCAACACAACUGCCACGGGCAGCCACCAUACUGA